AUGGACUAUGCCCUUUGUGAGGCUGCCCACCACAACAUGGAAGGCAUAACCAGGGCGGUCACCUUCUAUGAUAUCAACUGUCAAUACAACAAACACUUUCGGGCUCGGGUGGAUCGAAGCCGAUUUCUCGAAAUGGUUCCAGAAUUGACCAUCAUUCCCGGAAUUGGGUUGUGGCACAUACACGGACAUCAGGACAGCUGCUACGUCCGAUAUGCGUCGAAUUUUAUUGAAGGCAUCGGUCGGAUCGAUGGAGAGAUCAUGGAGACCCUAUGGUCACGUCUUAACCUGAUUUCUCCUGCUGCCCAUGGAAUGUCAUCCCCGCAUCGAAAGGAAUGUCUCGAUUAUCAGAUGAACGAUUCCAAUUUCUGCAAGAUGAUCCGCAUGAAAAGGACCCUUUCCCGUAAAUACAAGCAGGCGAAGAAUGGCAUCGCCGAAAGCGAAAAGGCUUUCGAGAGACUCGACGAAGCCGCACCCGGCGAUUCAAAGACAGAAUGGUUAGCCAGCGAGAGCAUCGCUCAGUCCAGCAGAAUAAAUGAUCCUUCGGCUAUGGAUGUAUAUGAGAUCAAUAUCAAGAAGGCACCGAGCAAAAAGGAGAUCGAGCUUAGACUACUGGAGGAGGGUAAUGCCCGAAAUGCAGCGCCUGCUCGUAGAUCUGUGGCGACAUGGAUAUCAAUGGGGUUGGCAAUUGAAGAAGCUCAAAUCGCAUUGCUCAUCGAGAUCCGAAGAAUUGGUAGAAGAACUACCGAGACACAGAGGUUAGACAUCGCCCGGCAACGUGAUCGUCUCCAAGGACAGAUAGAUGGAUUCACUCGGUCUGCUAUCACUCAUCUCAGAGAGGGAUUUGAUGCAGAUGACGAUCCUGAUGACUUGAACGUAGACAUUCUCGAUGAUCUCGAUGAUGACUCGACAGACUUCACAGAGACAUCUGACACGUGGGCGAACUCCCCCGAGCUCACUGUAAUCCCAUUGCCAUCAAAACCUCGGGGUAGAAUCGAUGCAGACCACUGCAUGGCAGAGGAUCUCAUUCCGCUGGAGUUGUCCCUUCGUGAGGGCAGGGCCAACGACUCCCUUCAAAACCUCCGAAUUCACUUGUGCAACAAGGCGAAUUCUGUUCCGAACAACAGUUAG